AUGGCCAUGACAACUGUACAAAAAGAAUUAAUGUAUUCAUCUCAGGAUGAUAUUAUAUAUGUUGAUCAACAAAUCAAUUCAUCUCUUAAAUGUCCUCUUUGCUGUCGAAUAUUUCGAGAUCCAAUUGUUACACAAUGUUCACAUACAUUCUGUCGAAGAUGUAUUUCUACAACAAUUCAAUGUCCAUAUGAUCAACAAAUUCUUCAAACAUUCGUUAGUAAUCAUAGUAUUGCUGAACAAAUUGAUUCCUUACUUGUUUGGUGUAAAUAUUCAUUUAAAAGAUUCCAAGUAAAUAGUGGUGAUAUCAAAAACGAACGUGAUGAAUAUGGGUGCCCAGUAAAAAUUCCAUUGAAUAAAAAAAAAGAACAUGAAGAUGAAUGUACCUAUCGUUUUGUUCCUUGUCCAAAUGGUUGUCUACUUAAUAAUCUUCGUCAAAAAGAUAUUUAUAAUCAUCUUCAUACAUGUCCAAAUCGACAAAUAAACCCAUUAAAUACGAAUAAUGAACAAAUACAAUCGCUUCAACAAGAAUUUAUUUCGAAAAUGUCACAAAUUGAUUUUCUUGUUAAUACUUGUAAACAAUUAACCAAUACAGUAGCGGUACUGAGAAAUGAAAUUGAUACACUCAAAACUAAUCAAGAAGCUUUAUGUUCACGAAAUGAUUUAUUAUUGAGUGAACUAAUGAAAACGAAACAAACAUCACCUAUACCAACAACAAUUGAUGAACAAGAAUCUGUACGAAAUCACGAUAGUGAUGAUGAUAAUGAUCUACCAAGUGUUAUUUUACGUUGUAAUGGAACAUUUACAGGACAUAACGAUGCUAUUUGGUGUUUAUAUGCAUUAGAUGAUGUACUUCUCAGUGGUUCUAGUGAUAAAACAGUUAAAGUUUGGAAUUUACGAGAAACUCCGUAUACAAAUCUAGCAACAUUACAUGGUCAUCAAGAUGGUGUGUUAUCCUUGACAGUUAAAGAACGAACAGCAUUUACUGGUAGUGGUGAUAAAUCCAUAUUUGUUUGGAAUUUAGAUGAUUAUAAAAAAACGACAUCUUUUGUUGCGCAUACAGAUCCAAUUUGUUCAUUAACACAAUAUGAUAAUCAUCUAUAUAGUUCGUCGAAUAAAUGUUUGAAAGUAUGGGAUAUUCAAACAUUAAAAUUAUUAAAUGAAACUCAAACAGAUAGUCGAAAUGGUUGGUUAAGAAUUUUAAUGCAAAAAGAUAAAUGUAUUUAUGCUGGAUGUCGACGUGUAAUUAAAGUUUUUGAUGCUGUUACACAUCAAAUAUCAUUCGAUUUUGAAUUACCAACAAAUGAUUCAAUUUAUAGUUUAGCACACUCAGAUACAUUACUUUUUGCUGGAGCAUUUUCCGGUACAAUAUAUAUAUGGGAUACUCGAGCUAAUCGUUGUUUAGAAACAACAUGUCAACAUGAUGCAACUGUACAUGGUCUUUGCAUGCAAACUGCUGAUAAUUCCAAUAAAUCAAAUUUAAUUAGUGCAUCUAGUGAUCAGACUAUUCGAGUAUGGGCUGUUGAUACAUUUGAUCAAAUCCAAUAUGAUGAUCGACAUGAAGCUGAAGUGACAGCAUUACAUGCUAAUAGUCGACAUAUUAUGUCUGGUGCUGCAGAUGCUAAAAUAAAAGUUUGGGAUUGUAUUUCAUCCUAUGAUCAUUUUGAAUAA